CCCAGGCCUCGUUGGAAAUACAAAUUGAGUAUGAGACCAUGGACACUUUUCCGGAUCAGCAACGAACGCUUACUGCGGCGACCCGGAAUGUCGGUUCGGACGGACCGCGCGAGUCGUACUGCAGGCUCCAGGGUCCGCCCGGCGGUUGGCACGUUGCAAACUCCACUACAUCAGAAUCGAAGUCAACAACCGCAACCUCAGCUAAGGACUGUACAAAACCAACUGGUGACGAAAACGAUGCGACUCGAUACUUUGACGAAUACCUGCUAGCUUCUGAAAAGCUGCGGGAGGCUCGAACUGAGCAGGAACACACAAAAUCACAACAAAUGUACAAAGCUUGGCGAGCGACCUCGGAUCAGAAGAACGAAAGAGCGUCGAGAUCGCAAGGUGUUGCAGUCGUCCGCACGCUCGUCAAAGAAACGCAUCGGGAAAAAGAAACACUGCAACGGCAAAUGGUCGAACUGGAAGAAAGAGCGCAGAGUUGUCUGGAACAAGCGGCUGGUGCGGGGCACGGCCCCGCUCUCGUGAUUUUGGGUAACCAAAUCUUGCAAAACAUUGCGACGGAGAAAGAUCUGCAUGUAGAUAAGUCACGAGGUCUGAUCCGGAGAGCCAUGGAACAAUAUCGAACAGCUAAUACGGCGGAAGGCUGGUUCAAUCUUGGCCACCUGACCUGGACUGGUUAUCCCGACCAGACAGAAGGGGAUGUGGCCGAGAACGACAUUGUUCUUCAGGCCGACCCCCUUACCGCAAUGGAAAGUUUUUUUCAAGCCAUCGAAAUGGGGGACACGGACGCCAUGUAUUUUGUUGGAGUCAACUUGUUGGGUCAGGACGACGAGGCUGGUGAAGGAUCGGAAAAAUCUAAAAAAGGAGAAAUGGAGGAAGGGCUCUCUUGGAUUCAAAAAGCUGCUAAUCACGGUCACGGUGGAGCCCUCUACUAUCUCGCGGUGCUUGACUUCAGUGGACACGCUUGUUUGGGAUUACCAGUGGGCACGCAAGAAUCUUUUACAGCCAAACUGGACCAAGCUUGUUUGGCUGACUACGGGGAAGCUCUUUUUUUGCGGGGAAGCUCUCGGUUGCAGGGUGAACAUGGCUAUGAGCGAGACGCCUCGGAAGCGUUUGCCGAUUUCUUACGUGCAGUUGAUGUUGAUCACGCAGACGCAGCGGUCUCGGCGGGUGCCAUGCUCCACACCGGAAACUAUCCCGGGGUACCGCGGAAUCAAUCCAGAGCAUUCCAGUUGUAUCAGCAAGCCGGAGAACUUGGAAGUCUUGAUGGCUGGCGCAAUGUUGUGGCCUGCUACGCGACUGGGGAAGGUGUUCCACAAUCUAAAGCCACUGCCAAGUACAUUGCCGAAACAAUGUUGAAGGAUAAGUGA